UAUACCAAGCGGAUUUUCCAUUGAAACCGAAGGGGAAAAGUGAGAGAGUUUGGUUGAACUUCGACGCAAUGGCGGUGGAUGCCAUUGAAACCCCCUCUCCUCCCUUUCACCCCUCUUCUUCCCAUUUCAGUCAACAACGCCACUUCUAUCUCGCCGUUGACAGGCUCCAGUUCAAGAUGGAGACAUUGAUGGACCUGUUUGGCGUGGCGGGUAGGCGUCCCUGCCUACCUAUAGUGGUCUGCUGCAGCUCACGUGAUGAGCUCGACGCGGUCAGCUCCGCCGUCGCCAACGUCCCCUAUAUCUCUUUAGCUUCUCUGUACACUGACCUUGCUGAAGCAGACCGUUCUUUGAUAUUAGAGCGCUUUCGGGAAGCAACAAUGAGGUGGAACCCACAAGCCAGUGCUCAACCAGCGGAUGACAAUGAGCCUGUGAAAGAUGAACAAAAAUCUCAUAUGAUAGUUGCAACAGAUGCAUGCCUUCCACUUCUUGCUUCCGGGGAGUCACCCAUUUCUGCUCACGUUCUUAUAAAUUAUGAGUUGCCUACAAAGAAGGAAACAUAUAUGAGGCGGUUGACGACUUGUUUGGCUGCAGAUGGGAUUGUAAUCAAUAUGGUUGUUGGGGGUGAGGUAGUUACUCUCAAAAGCAUUGAAGAAAGUAGCAACCUGGUCAUAGCUGAGAUGCCCAUAAAUAUUUCUGAGAUUUUAUGAAGGCAUACGAUCUGCUAUGCCGGCGGACAUGUUAAAGGACCAGAUGAGAUCCCAUGUACUCACUCUGGUAUUUGGUUGAAGCAUUUGAAGGUGAUCUGGGUGCGUUUUGAGGAAGUUUCAAUCAUAUCAAAUUUAUACUGAUCUUGUUCAUAAAUAAAUAAAAAGAUAAAAAUUUAUACUGAUCAAACCCCCUGUGACCCUGGACAUGGUCUUUUUCGGUGUAUUUAUGGAGUUACUUGAAGUUGGGCCAGUAGGAGUCAAAAAUUAUCCAUCUUUCCAAGCUUUCAAUUUGAAAAGGGUUUCUAUCACAA